ACAGCAUAUAAAUCAGCUGUGUCCUGAAAUAUCAUAAUGCUUUUGUAUAUGACAAGAAACAGCAGCUAUUUUUUAUUUAGCCAUUAAACAUUUGACUUUACCUUUAACUUUAAUUGGAGCUUUCCCUCAAACCUGGGCCAAAGAUGGCAAUGACAGCGACAAAGCUUCUUAUUUUUCUUUCUCUUUAUGGGGGAGGAACUGGUUUAGCUGCUUCUCUGGAUAACUGUGUUUUCAUGGGGGCAGAGGAGAAAAACAGUCUUUAUGAAGAUGGAGAUGUGGUAAUAGGGGGCUUAUUCCCUCUACAUUACAGCCCUGUGUCAUCUCUUCCAACAUACAAAACAAAACCAAAACCGUAUAUGUAUAAGUAUUUCAGCUCUCGUGCCUUGCGAUGGAUGCAAACCAUGACUUUUGCCAUCAAAGAGAUCAACCAGCGCAGUGACCUCCUGCCACAACUCAAGUUGGGUUUCCACAUACAUGACAGCUGUGAUGACAUACCUGUGUCCCUGAGAGCAUCUUUGCUGCUGGUGAAUGGCCAGCCGGAGAGAGUCUCCAGAGCUGACAAUGUGAACAAAACAGAGAAAAGUCUAAAAAGUAGCACUGGCUCUAAUUUAGGCUGUGCUGCCAUACAAAAGACUGUGUCCCCUGUUAUCAUAGGAGAUGCUGCCUCUGGGGUGUCCAUGGCUCUGCUAAGAAGUCUGGGGUCUUUCCAUAUCCCUCUGGUGAGCUACUUUGCCUCCUGCAGCUGUCUGAGUAACCAAAGGGAAUUCCCCUCAUUCAUGCGCACCAUGCCUAGUGAUGCCUUCCAGGUCAGAGCUCUGGCCCGGCUGGUUAGCUAUUUUGGCUGGACCUGGGUGGGAGUGAUUGGGGUGGAAUCUGAUUACGCCCGAUUUGCCAUCCAGCUGUUCCUGCAAGAGUCAAUGCAGUAUGGUGUAUGUGCUGCCUACACUCAUUUCUACCCUGUUGUCCUGAGUCAGCAGGCUCUAGAUGAGCUCCUGGAUGUUAUUCAGACAGCGUCCUCAAAGGUCAUCAUUAACUUCUCUGGUGAAUCAGAGAUGCAGGGUAUUCUGAGAGAGAUUCGACAUCGAAAUAUAACUGGUUUGCAGUGGAUCGCCAGUGAGGCUUGGUCCACUGCCAGAUCACUCUGGGAAAAGUUUGGGGACCUCCUAAAGGGAACACUUGGAUUCGCCAUCCGGAGAGCUGAUGUGAUUCCAGGGCUGAAACAACACCUCACUAGUCUCAGACCAUCCGAUAUUCAUGAAUCAGCAUUCCUGGCAGAGUUUUGGGAAGAGCUGUUUAACUGUCAACUGAACGGGUCAGUGAACAGCCACUCUCACGGGGUCGACAGUUACCUUGACAGAUCGCCAUGUAAAGGGAAGGAGGAUUUAAAUAAUGUUUACUCUCCUUAUUCCGAUGUGACACAGCUAAGAGUGUCCUAUAAUGUCUACAAGGCUGUGUAUCUGGUGGCCCAUGCUUUGCAAGACAUGAGUAACUGCAAAGUUGGACAGGGGCCUUUUCUUAAUGGUACCUGUGCAGACCCCAAAGAUUUUAAACCUUGGCAGCUUAUCUACUACAUGAAGCAUGCUAAUUUCUCUGCACUGGGGGAGAAAGUCAACUUUGAUCAAAACGGUGACCCCAUUGCUUAUUAUGAUCUUAUGAACUGGCAAAAGAGGCCUGAUGGCUCAUUACACUUGGUAAAAGUAGGCUUCUAUCAUGCCUCCUCACCUACUGGACGCAGUCUGGUCAUAAAUGACACAGUGAUACAGUGGCCUAUUGGGAAACAGGCCUCCCGCUCUGUAUGCAGUGAGAGUUGCCCUCCAGGCUCUCGCAUCGGCAGGAGAAAGGGGGAACCCAUCUGCUGUUUUGACUGUGUCCCCUGUGCUGAAGGAGAAGUUAGCAAUAAGACUGAUUCUUUAGAGUGCUCACGCUGCUCAAAGGACACGUGGCCCAAUCAAGCAAGAAAUCUCUGCAUCCCAAAGACGGUUGAGUUCCUGUCUUUCCAUGAGCUGAUGGGUGGUGUGCUUUGUGCUGUAUCCGUCCUUGGAGCUUGUAUUUCCCUCUCCAUUCUGGCCAUAUUCUUUACAUACAAAGACACACCACUUGUUCGGGCCAACAAUAUGGAACUGAGCUUCCUUCUCUUGCUGUUUCUUGCUGUCUGCUUCCUUGUUGGUCUGUUGUUCAUUGGUGAGCCUUCAGACUGGCUUUGCCGUAUCAGGUACCCAGCAUUUGGGAUCAGUUUUGCUCUGUGCAUUUCAUGUUUACUGGCCAAGACUAUAGUGGUUCUAAUGGCAUUUAGAUCCACACUGCCAGGGAGCAAUGUCAUGAAAUGGUUUGGACCCAACCAACAGAGGGCCAGUGCACUUUUAGGAACAGCAGUUCAGGUAAUAAUCUGUCUUAUCUGGCUGCUCACCAGUCCACCUCAUGCCAAUAACAACACAGGUUACCACAGUGCUAUCAUCAUCAUCGAGUGUGUUCCCGGUUCAGAGGUUGGCUUCUGGUGUGUUCUUGGAUACAUUGGCAUCCUGGCCUGCAUGUGUUUCCUGAUGGCAUUUUUGGCUCGGAAGCUACCAGAUAAUUUUAACGAGGCAAAGUUCAUCACAUUCAGCAUGCUGAUAUUCUUUGCAGUCUGGAUUACUUUUAUCCCAGUUUAUGUGAGCACAGCUGGGAAAUACACAGUGGCGGUCCAUAUUUUUGCUAUCUUAGCUUCAGCUUUUGGUCUCCUUUUUUGCAUUUUUUUCCCAAAAUGCUGUAUAAUAAUUCUGAAACCAGAAAAAAACACCAAGAAAAACAUGAUGCAAAGAUAAAAAUGAGAGUACAUUACACAUGUUGUUGAAUUUCCAUGCAUGAGGAAGUCAUUUCAAUCAAACUGUGGCCAUUUGAACUAGUAAACA